CAACCCGUUCACGAUUGAGACCACGACCAGCUCACUCUCGCUGAUGAGGCUUUGCAAUUGACAUAUUUCACCUGGGCAUCUUCCAACAGCGUGCAUUGCCUCUGCAUUCCACCAUCCGCCCACACGCGGGAUUGAGCCAAGCGCUGGCCAUUGUGCUGCAUGUCACUGCAUUGCAUAUCCUUUCACGCUUCACACCAAAUUCCUUGCCCGUUGGCAGAAACCCUUCUGCAUGCCACGCGCCCAUUUCACAUCCGCCGUUUGACGUAGCGGUUGUGCAACAUCGCUCCUACAUAACCAUCACUGCCAACCUCACCGAUGGCGACCAACGACACUGCACCACCAGUUCCACCCAAGGACUCACCUUACGACAUCGGCAUGGCGGAUACGGUGGUGGGAAGCUCCAAGAGAAAGCGUCGCAUGGGUGACGAUGACAACGUCUUGGACAACACCGACCUCUCGCCUGCCGACCGCGGUGACGGCCAUACUCCCAAACGCUCACGCUCCGUCGUUCCUCAAAGCGACGACGAGACUUCUGACGACGCUCGAACUCGCAGCGUACGGCGGAAGACAGGCUCGAGAAACUUGUCCAAUCUGAACCUCCGACACGGCUCCAAACAGCACAAGAUGGAAGAGACGCCACGAGGGUCCAAAUUCCAAGAAGGGAGCUUGAACAGCAAACCCAGCACAACUCCACCGAGCUUCUACACGCGUGGCAAGCGGCAGAUGAAGGGUGGCCUCGAACAUAUGGAUGACCUCAUGGAGGCAUAUCAUGAUCCUGCUGGCGACGCAGCGGUCGAUGGGGACGAAAUUGAAGAUGAAUAUUCCACAGACGCGGAACUCGCAGGUGGAUCAACAGAGGGACCUAAGAGCUUCUUCCGUUUUGGUCGUUCCUUAUCCAAAUUUUACCCAUUUGGUUUGUGGAACAGGCUAUAUGACGAGACACAUGAGAAGCUUCUACAGCAGAACAGGAUUGACGCUGAACGCAAAGCAAGAAUGAAAGCCGAGGCGGAAGCGAGGUAUGCUGAGAUGAAGAAGGCCGGGCUCCUUGAUCCCACGCAAGUGUCAGCAACUCGUCACUCCAUCGAUCUCGCCACUCCGCAUGAUUCUGUCGUUGGGUCAGAUAGCAAACGCUCGUCGCUCGAUCACAGGCGCAACGUAUCGAUGGGUUCGGAUCUUGCGAGCCCUCGAGACCACAUCCUUAGCCCUGGCGCGAUUGAUGCUCCAGCGACGGAGCAGAAGAGGCUUCGCUCGAUGAGCUCCCGGUUCAGCCUGAGACGGCCGUCGCUCUCGAAUCUUAAGAAUGGCUUGAAGCGUGUAGCGUCCGAUCUGAACCUGGGAAAUAUUGCGGCACGUGAAACGUCAUCCUCUGUGUCUCCGGAGAAGGCAGAGACUCAACCAUUUGCAAGUGAAUCCUUGCGAACUCGGAGCGACAAGCAAAGUCGAGAUACGCACCGUCUCUACAAGCGCAUCAGCGAUCUGGAGAGGAAGCUCUCGCUUGCACGUGCAGAACUUGGGAACGUUCUGGAUGAAGCUUCACCGGCCCCUGGCACAAGCGCCUCGUCUCAGCGCUUCUCAUCGGCUCCUUUGCGACGCCCCAAGUUCAUUCCCGGAUCACUUCCAACGCUACCAAGCGAGCGAUUGCUUUUCCCCGAAGGUGGCAUCAAUCUUUCAGAUGACGACGAGGAUAUCGACAAUCAAGCCACGAUACGCGCGACACGUGAAAUUGCCCUUCCGCCACGGAUAUCCUCCCUAUUCAAGGAUGUAAAUCACGAGCUUUUCAACCGUGACAUCCACCUCGAACCACAGACUGGCACCGACGAUCCAGUUGACCAUAACGGCCCUGUUCUCAGCAACGCCAUAGCCAAAACUCCUGUCGAGAUGGACCCUAACAACAUCACCGACUUCACACGCACUGCAAAUGCAGCUGGAAGCUCAACAGCGGAUUACAGCCAGCUGGACUCAAAGCUCAAGGCCCUUGACGACAACGUAAAACUUGCAAAGAAGUCAGCCAAAUCAAAGAAGAGAAAGUCGAGCGUCGCGUCAAAUGAUCUCGCAUUCAAGCCUAGUGCAGGAAUCGAUGACGAUGACGAUGAAGAAUGGGCAGCUGCGUCUGGUACGCCCAAGAAGAAGCUCAAAUCAGGCAACAAGUCUGCAGAAAGUCUUCGCCGACAAGCCCAGAAGGUCACUGUUCAGAAAUUGACGCCCGCGACAGCGACCAUCGUCAAGUCACAUGUCGCAUCUGGUCACAAGAAACAAAAGGUGCAAAAGAGCACUGUGUCCAAACCCGACGAGACUCGAACAAUCCAACACACGACCAUCGAAGAGACGCUGACCAAUGAGCCAACAUCGACAUCCGCCCCGAUCAUCGACGAGCAACCCGAGCCAGAAGAUUCGUUCCUCGAAGUCACCGACCUCGACAUCAUGUCCCCACUGGAGCCCGUCUUCGAAGAGGAAGAAGAAGACGAAGAUUCCGAAGGCAACACCACCACAACCAACAUCCCUGUCAAGGACGCCCCGUCGAAGCCUACUGCAAAAGCCACGCCCGCGCGCUACACCCGCCGCGGCGUGCACCAGCGCAACCGCUCCGCCAGCCCGAACAUCCUGCUCCAACCGCAGCAGCAUCUCGACCCAAACAAAUCCGGCAUCCAAGCCGUGCUCUCGGCCGGCGAUGUCGCCAAACACCGCCGCAACCGCUCCAUCAGCCCCCUCCCGCCUGCCGGCGAGAAGGGUCGUCUUGGAUCGGUCAGUGAGGAGGAGGGUCAUGGCGCGGCGAUUGUCCGUCCCGCGACGGCGCCGGCCGGCGAGUUUGAGUGGCCGGAGGACGUCUUUUGACGAGGCUUUCUCACAAAGAGACGAAUGUGAAAUGGAGUUAGCUUCUGGUGAAGCUUUUCCCGGCAACUAUUGACCGACCGACCGACCGAUCGUGAAUUUUGAAUUUCUCGGGCCAACCGUUCUGGACAGCGAAGGAGUUUUGAAUUUUGGCGUUGGAUGGUUUUGGCUUUUUCGACUCGUUUUC